UGUCAACGCACGCCGGCAAAAAGAGAGCUUCAAUUCUAUUCUUCCAUCCACGCGAGAAGAGAAGAGCAAGAGCCCGACGCGGAGCUACCGAGCGGGCUGAAUGGAGCUCGGCUUGGAGGCGUCCAUGGCGGCGGCGAGCGGCGGAAGGAAGCGCAGGUGCCCGCCGCGCGGCCUGGGGGACCUCCACGACGACGUGCUGGAGCGCGUCCUGGCGCGGCUCCCUCCGGCCAGCUUCUUCCGCCUCCGCGCCGUCUGCCGCGCCUGGCGCGCGGCCGCCGCGUCGCCGACGUUCCUCGACGCCUGCGGGCGCGUCCCGUCGCGGGAUCCCUGGUUCCUCAUGCUCCCCGAGUCCGGACGCCCCCACCCGCCGCUCGCCUUCGACGCCGCCGAGCGCUCCUGGAACCCCUGCCGCGCCGCGCCGGGCGCGGCGGCCGUGCCGGUAGCUUCGUCGGGUGGACUCGUCCUCUACCGCGCGCCGGCCACGGGCGAGCUCGUCGUCGGUAACCCGCUCACCGGCGCCUCCCGCACUCUCCCCGCGCCGCCGCAGGGCGCCGCCCACGGCGCGCCGCAGCUCCACGCCAUUGCCAUGUACGGCUCCCCCUACCGCGUGGCGCUCUUCAUGGGAGAGCUCCCUCACCUGACCAUGGCGGUGUUCGACUCGUCAAGGGACUCGUGGGAGGGCCCCGUCGAUCUCUCCCGGAGGCCCGAGGACGUGCUCCCCGACACGCCGUCCCAGGGCGGCGCCGGCGCCGACGACACGGUCUACUUCCUGAGCAAGUCCGGCGACGUGGUGGCCACCAACAUGCAGCGCAGCGCGUCGAAGCAGUACUCCUCGGUGGUCGCCCCGUCCGACCGCGACGACGACGGCCACACCGUGGCGUACUUCCUGAGCCACUCCGGCACGGUCGUCGCCUGCGACACGGCGCGCCGCACGUUCGCGGAGCUCCCCCGCAUCCUCCCGGUCUACUUCGAAUACUCCAUCGACGUCGUGGCCUGCAACGGCGCCGCCUACGCCGUCGUGCUGGCGGAGUACCUCGACACGGCGAGCCUGCGGGUGUGGGAGUUCGCCGGCGGCGCGUGGCGGCAGGUGGGCGCCAUGCCGCCGGCCAUGUCCCACGCCUUCUACGGCAGGAAGGCCGACAUCAACUGCGUCGGGCACGGCGACCGCCUCAUGGUGUGCGUGAGCUCCGGCGACGGCGAGGCCAACGGCUGCUUCAUGUGCGACGUGAGCAGCAACCAGUGGGAGGAGCUGCCCAAGUGCGUCAAUGGCGAUGGAGAUGUCAACGAGUUCUUGGCCGCCUUCUCAUUCGAGCCUAGGCUAGAGAUAGCCGUCUAAGUGUGUGAUUAGUUGUGUCAAUUAAUUAAUUAAUUAAUUAAUUAUAAGGAGUCAUGUUUUGGUUUGCUCCUUGUUUGCUUGCUUGAUUUCCUCAUGUGUAUUAGACAUCUAGUGAUCACUGUUUCUUUUGAGUGAUCAGGUUAAGAUAUUUCAGAUCGUUUUCGUGGAUAUCAA